GCUUAUUAUAUUGGCAAAAAUGAUCCAAGGUCCUUUUUUUGUCAUACCGACGCAAAAAGGCUCGGUACCGAAUAUGACACCUAGUCAAGCUCAAGCAAUAUUGAACCCUGAUGAACGAUUUAUCAGUGUUUCACUAUUUGAUGCAAUAGACUUUUCCGUUCCCUGCAAAGCGGCACAGAUGAACUUUUCAAGGAUUUGUGGCUUACAUGAUUUCCAAACAAUCAUGGUAAACCGCAGCUCUUUUCAUGGACUUCAUCCAAGCGCACUGUCCACCGCUUCGGGAAUAUCUGGUGAAUGUGAAAAAGGUAGAAUCACGGUGACAGUUGAGAAAUAUAAGGAUUUAGUGAAAAUAUUACAGCCUAAUUUUGCAAUCACGAUGACUGAAUCUGUUCCACACUAUGAACCACGGCCUAAGAAACGGAAAAUAGCAUAUUCCCGUACGGAAUCUUGGCUAGAUGAGAUUGAAGUCUCAUGUAAUGAAUUAGACUGCGUUCUCAUCAAGCCUUUUUCAGUGAGAGGUGCAUUGGGUGGGUUUCUGGAUAUAAUUUGCAAAAACGAAAAUGGUUUAGAACUAGCUCUUUGUUUAAAAGAACUUCAGCAAAAUCUUAAAACUACUUCUUUUGCUUGUUCAAAUUCUAUGGUGUCUGUUUUCACUGCACUUCUAUUCAAUGUGUCGUUCAUUGAGAGUCCCGUGCCGUGGACGCUUGCAGGAAAAGGAGUUGCUAUUAUCCUGGCCUUCGGUGAUGUUGCUGAUGCUACCAGGGAUCCCGAAAUUGAUCUAAACGAUGAAUACUUUUCCCUCGAUAUCAACCCACUCUGCCCCGGUUGUGCAUGCUAUACAUGUCGACGGCAUACUCGUGCCUAUAUUCACCAUCUUCUUACGGUGCAGGAAAUGAAUAGCACAAUUUUGCUUUCUAUUCACAAUUUUCACAGGCUAGUUGAGGUCUUCCGCCGUGUUCGAAGUUUAUCUCUUGAGAGGCGCCGAGAAUUUCUAGUGUCAUUAAUUAAGCAAUAUUAAAACCAUCCUCGUAAACGAUACUUAUGCCCGUGUAUGGGUGGGAGGAGCGAUAUAAGCUUAAAGAAAAAUCUUUGAAUCUAAUUUUAUUGCUAUUUUAUGUUAUAAACAAAUUCUACGAGGGAAUAAAUCUUUUUAUUUAGCUUUUCUAAUUCCCCUUUAUAAGUCAUUAAGGUACUAAGAAAAUGAGCUAGAAACAAAAAUGCUAUUACUUAUAUCGUAGAGUGCACCAGACCGGAAGGAAUCCGUGUUUUAUGGGGUUCCAAAAGGAUCAUUUGAACCCUGUGUCGAUUCAUCCUUUGGCAUUACGAGUAUUUUUCGGUUCGGUUUCUUGUUUAUUACAGACACCAGGUUUUAUAAAUCACGAAACUGUUUUAUGAGGGCGGAGUUUCAAAAAAUCUAAUCCAGAAAGCUUCACUGAAUUUUCAAAAUGCCAUGGCUCAUUAGAUAGUUUUUUUCGAUGUAGCUACGACUUUUUUUUUUUUUGAAGUCUGACACCACAUCAAUAAGAUACUUCACCAAUACAUUACUGUUCAUUCCAUACACGUUUAUUCUUUAGACAGGCUUAUAUUCAGUUUGAAAAUCGCUAAAUAUAAAUUAUCCAAACAUUUAUAAAAUCUUCUUUACUCCAGAGCAAAAUAUACUGGAUUAGUUCUAAGCAAUGAAUACAAAUGCAAAAUGAAGAAUGAAGUAUAGAUUGAAUGGUUGGAUGAAUUCCAGUGUUCAAAAAUUUAAGCGUUGAUGCUUACAUUAUGUGAGAGGUGUGCAUUUUUACAGAAGGUUCAGGAGUUCUAUGAAUCAUGUCUGAAGUUAAUUCACACACUAAAGCAAAUUCAUUUAUUUCCUGCGUUUGAUUUGCAAUCAAGUAAUGGGGCUAUAGUUGCUGAGUACUGACUACCGUUACCCUCUCAUUAAUUUCUAUUUUCUUCGCUGGACAAUCAUACUGUUCAACUUAAAUGAGUAGUUUCCUGAGGGAUGUUGAGAUAAAAUUCAACCUAUAUUGCAGUUCUGAUACCGUAAUAAUUAUCAUAUAUUUUUAAUUACUAAUACUAUGAUAUAAUUUCCUUUUUUUGGUAUGACAUUGUAAUGGAAAAGAAAAUAGGCUUUACUACCAUUAAAUAUAUUUUCAUCAAUGAGCUCUAUUAUUUUACAAUUGUAUGUCUCCUUUUUCUAAGCGCAUACAAACCUAAUGGUUCUAUAUUAUUCUUGUUAGGGAAAGUGUGCGUUAAUCGCACAAUGUUUUUCGAUCCGUCAACUUUUUAGUGCUCGACGUGCUCAUGUAAUGUUAUCCCAGUAUACGGUAUCUACCAAUCUGAUAAAGCCUUUGUCUAUGUGAUCAAUUCAACAAGGGCAUCGGUCUGUGGGAGCUGUUGCUCUUGAACUCAAUCGGUUAGUCAUUUCCGUUUCUUAAUGGUUCUCAGAUUUGUUUUCCCUGCGGGUAAAACUAUUAGCUAGGCUUUCUUGAAUAUUCCCAAUACAAUUCCACGCUUUUCUAAUGUCCAUGUUCUUCAGGCUCAAUGCUUCUUUAAAAUACGGAAUCAGUUUCUCCUCCUCAAAUUUGUGUUUGGUAUGCGAAUGGAAACUGCUCCCCUCUGAAGGAUUCAUAUGUUGAAAGAAGUCUAUUUUACGCAAGCUCCUUCUUCAAAAGCUCUUCGAUUUUACACCGAAUAUUAUGCUUAUUAAUAGAUUCAAAAGUAUCAACGACCUAUUCUUCUUUGAUGCUAUCAUCAUAUGACCGUGCUUUAGUUCUUGGUCUAAAUUUUCGUCCUUUUAUACUUUAAUCGGCAUUUUUUGCCAUAAUAGAAUCCUCGCUGAAGAACAUAUCCAACUGUUGCUCAUCUUGCUACUAAAAUUAGCCAUGCCUCCAUGCUUAAGAUGCUAGUGGAUUACGAACUUGAGAAUGAAAAUGAUAGUAGAUGAAUGUAUAUUUAUUUGAUAUGGGAUUAUUCCUAAUAUAGAAGUAUAUAUAUAUAAUCUAAACUUGAUCAAUUAUGGUUCAAGGGGAAUAGUUUUUUUUCU